AGAGCUUCCGAUGUUUUGUGGCGAUCCUCCAGACUGGACUCUAUUUUACAGUUCAUUCCGAAACUCCACUGAAGUAUGUGGUUUCAGUGACGCGGAAAAUUUGGCACGUCUGCAGAAAUGAUGGCGAGGACACGCCUUAGAAUCUGUGCGCAUACGUCUUUUAAUACCGCAAUCGGUUUCACAUGUGAUAGGAAUAUUGCAGCGUUUGUAUGGACGACCAGAGGUGAUAAUAAAUGCUCUGCUGAAGCAGUUACAAAACAAAUUUCUGGUAGUGGUAUGAAACAGCAAUAUUCUCUGCAUAACAUCCGUACCGUCAAACAACUGAAAUUACCGAGUCAGAUGAUGAAUUACGAAAAUAGUUGUGAAACCCAUUGUAGUCUCAGAGGCUUACCUCUUAGAAGCUAUUCAAAUGCCGUACCACGGUUACUUAUCGGAGUUGACAACGUGAAUCUGACUAGCGCGUUGAAAGUUCGAGAAAGUGGCGAUAAAGGGCUCAUAGCCGUCAAAACUCGACUGGGAUGGAGUAUCUACGGAACCCCACAUUUCGCCGGCGAUUUCAACGCAACAGUUAAGAAAGCGGUUCAAGAAGCACUUGCUUAUUCCCAAAAUGGAAUUGAUGCUAUAAUGAUUGAAAACAUGCACGAUAUACCAUAUAUCCAAAGAAAACAUUUUGGACCCGAAACAGUUGCUUGUAUGACGAGAAUCGGAAUGAUGGUGAAGAAAGCCGUAGGAGAUACAAUCCCAUGUGGAAUUCAGAUUUUAGCAUGUGGGAAUUUUGAGGCGCUUGCCAUUGCCAAGGCUUGCAAUUUUGAUUUCGUUCGUGCAGAAGGAUUCGUUUUCUCUCACAUCGCCGACGAGGGAUUUACUGACGCAGAUGCUGGUCAGAUUCUUAGGUAUCGUAAAAAUAUAGAUGCUGAACACAUUCAAAUUUUUACUGACAUAAAGAAAAAACAUAGUUCUCAUUCCGUUACAAACGACGUAUCUCUGUUGGAAACAGCACAAGCUGCAGAAUUUUUCUGCUCCGAUGGAAUUGUACUCACCGGUAACGCUACUGGCUCCGAGACCAACGUGGAAGACGUACAAUCAUUACAUAACAAAAUAAAACUGCCACUCAUUAUCGGCUCGGGGAUAACGAUUGAUAAUGUUGACCGAUACUAUGGUAUAGCGAAAGCUGCCAUUGUUGGAUCAUUUUUCAAGCACGGAGGUAAUUGGAAAAAUGAUUUAUGUGGAACAAAAAUACGUACCUUGAUGGACAAGAUAAAAGGUUUUCGGAAUAACACGAUGAAGAAAUAACUUUCUUUUAUGUAACUACAGUCCAAGCAAUGUUCAUUAUUUUGAUAACAAUAAAUGUCCUUUUGGUUUGAGUUUACUACCAGCGCGAGCUCUC